CUUUGUCCCACCUCCGAGGCCAUGCUUCCUUCCCUGCCAUUUUUACCUGUUGGCUUCCUGUUAAUUGUAGCUAUGGGACAUACAUUUCAAUUUCAAGAAUCCGACUUUCUCCAGUUUCUGGGCUUAGACAAGGUGCCUUCACCCCGCAAGUUCCAAUCCGUGCCUUUUAUCUUGAAGAAAAUUUUCCAAGAUCGAGAGACAGCAACAACCACUGGGGUCUCCCAAGAUUUAUGCUACAUGAAGGAGCUGGGUGUCCGUGGGAAUGUGCUUCGUCUUCUCCCUGACAAAGAAAAGGAGCAGUUAACAAUGGCUCAGCUGGGCCUGGACUUGGGGCCUAAUUCUUACUAUAACCUGGAACCAGAACUGGAGUUGGCUCUGUGGAUCAUUCAAGAGCCUCAGGUGUGGGGGCAAUCUAUCCCCAAGCCAGGUAAAAUGUUUGCCCUGCAGUCUGUACCAUGGCCUCAAGGUGCCCUUCACUUCAAUCUACUGGAUGUGGUUAAGGAUUGGAAUAGCAAACCCCAGAAGAACCUUGGCUUAUUCUUGGAGAUUGUGGUCAGAGGAGACACAGAAUUUGCAGUAAACUUCCAGAUGGAGGCCACCUGUGCCAGACUGAGACCUUCCUUUCGUGCUUCCCUGCUGGUGGUCACCCUCAAUCCUGAGCAGUGCCACUCUGCUUCCCGAAAAAGGAGGGCAGCCAUUCCUGUCCCUCAGGCUUCUCACAAGAAUCUCUGCCGACCUCACCAGCUCUUCAUCAACUUCCAGGACCUAGGUUGGCACAAAUGGAUCAUUGCCCCCAAAGGGUUCAUGGCAAAUUACUGCCAUGGAGAUUGUCCCCUCGCUCUGACCACCUAUUUAAAUAGUUCCAAUUAUGCUUUCAUGCAAGCACUGAUGCAUGCAGUUGACCCAGAGAUCCCCCAGGCUGUCUGUAUCCCCACCAAACUAUCUCCCAUUUCCAUGCUCUACCAAGACAAUAAUGACAAUGUCAUUCUUCGACAUUAUGAAGACAUGGUAGUUGAUGAAUGUGGGUGUGGAUAGGAUCACAGAAGUAGGAAUAGAAGGAGUAUUCUUAGGGUAAAUUUUCUAAUAAAAUUACCUAUCUAGAUUAUGACCUUCUGGAUCUGAAAUGUCAAUCAAUUGUACUUAAUGAUGCAUAGAAUUACACACACAUGUACUAGAGUCUUAAUGAUCUUAGUCAAUUUCUGCUCUACUCUAAUCAUUAUGCAUGUGACAGUAUAUUAGACUCUGGAUAGAAGGAAAUGAAUUUACUGAUGGCUUUUUAUACAGGCAGGGAUUAUUCUGUGUUACUCAAGAAAUGUUAUUUCAUUGUUGCUUGAAAUAUGCACUGUUAUUUAUGUUUUCUAGAUUUUAGA